GAACCUGAAUUAGAGCUUAAACCAGACGGUCAAAAGGAAAAUGUCUCUCCACCUAAAACCCAUUCCAUCAAUUGCAUUUCUCUCUUUGAUUCUUCUCUUUCUGAUCUCAUCCGCCACCGGCGAGGAUUCACCUACCGCUUAUGAAGUCCUUGAACAAUAUGACUUCCCCAUAGGUCUCCUUCCCAAAGGUGUAUCAAGCUACGAGCUAGACGAAACCACCGGCAAGUUCUCCGUCUAUUUGAACGGUAGUUGCAGCUAUUCAAUCGACAACUACGAGCUCAAAUACAAGUCUACAAUAACUGGGGUCAUAUCCAAGGACAAGCUAAGCAGCUUGAGCGGGAUCAAGGUCAAGGUCCUCUUUUUAUGGCUCAGCAUCCGGUCGGUAACCCGUGAUGACGAUGAGCUUGAAUUCUCAGUUGGGGUAGCGUCCGCUGAUUUCGCCGUCGAUAAUUUCAGUGAGUGCCCUACUUGUGGAUGUGGCUUCGAUUGUGAUACUGUUAAUGGUGGAAAGAAUAUUAAACCCAAUCAUCAGCUGAUAUCCUCUGCUUAGUUAAGUUGGCAUGUUUUGAUUAAGAGAGUUUAAGGUUUAUGUUAACAUUGUUUUGGGUUUAAUCAAAGAUUUCACUGUCAUGUAUGAUUGA